GUGCGCUCCGUGAUCCCAUGAGGACUUUCAACCGACAGGAAGUUUCUAACAUACCGCUGAUAGAGAUUCAGCUGUUUGCAUUGCUGUUCAAAACAAGUAACAGGACUCGGCAAAUAAGCAGUGGACAGAAGCACUUUACAAUGAAGUUGGAGAUUUUCUCCGCGAGUCGCCUUGUGGACAAGCCGCUGGACAUUUGCACUGACAUGGACGUGAACGUGCCUUCACCACUGUCCACCGAGGAGGAAUUGGGCUCGGAUGGAGACUGCUCAGCCAACAGCCCGGGACCAGGUGCACCCGUUUCAGACGGGAAGGGCAAACCAUACACGCGCAGACCCAAACCACCAUACUCCUACAUCGCGCUCAUCGCCAUGGCAAUUCGGGAUUCCGCUACCGGCCGCCUCACGCUUGCCGAAAUAAAUGAGUACUUAAUGAAAAAGUUCCCGUUUUUUCGGGGCAGCUACACUGGGUGGCGGAACUCUGUGCGCCAUAACUUGUCAUUGAACGACUGCUUUAUUAAAGUGCUGCGAGAUCCCUCGCGUCCGUGGGGGAAGGACAAUUAUUGGAUGUUGAACCCGCAAAGUGAAUACACGUUCGCGGACGGCGUUUUCCGCCGGAGGAGGAAGCGCAUCAGUAAGAAGAUGCAGAACGGCUCGGAAUCCCGGGAGCGCGCACCUGUGGAUGACAGUCAGGUGUCGGCGCGCGACGAAAACACAAAGUUUUCCAGUUCCUUUGCCAUAGACAGCAUCCUGAGCACACCGUUUACGCGGAGAGAGCAAAUCACAGACAGUUCGUGUUUUGGUACUAGACUCAUGUUGUCAGCAGCUCCGCGCUUUCUGCCGGUUGUCAUGGCUUACCCAACAUCCACCGUGGCGCAUGCGCCGCAGAAUGGAUUCCAGAUGGGUUCUAAGCUGUCGCAUUCGUUUCCACUGUACAGGUGUGAUACGGCGGACAUGAAUCGCAUGUCAGACAUACCCAAUUCCUUUACUGGUUUGGGACACUCUCCAUCUACUGCAAAAGUGACUGGAUAUCACCCCUUCAGAAUAGACUCAUUGCUGUCGUGAAAUAACACACACAAACACACCAAUUAUGUGCACUUUCCUCUGGUAAAUGGUAUGAAACUGUUCUGUGUGUUUAUCGUGAUUUGCGCUCAAGCACAAGUAUGCAUACCUACUGUAAUGAUACUGCAUGUUUGCUCUUUAGACCUCUUGUUAGAUGAAUCAAUGUCACGCCGGUGUACAGUGUUUACUGAUUCCAAUUUCAUUUCUUGUAAACGAUGGCAUUAUGCCAGUAAUAAUGUAUAUUAUAUAAAUGUUUGUAUUUUUGUUAAACUAUUUUAUGUUAUUAUUAUUACCUCUUUACGUGCGUUUGUUGCAAUGAUGUUUGUCUGGAGCUGUGCUCUGUCUGACGGAUAUCAUAACCCAGUUGUACUUGCAUCAAUAAAAGAAAAAGAGAGAGAAUAAAACUUUUCCAUCAUUC